CAGUCGAUAAGCGGAGCUAACAUGUACAGGAAUACUAACUGCUAGUCUAAUACUACCGUUAAAGGAUAUUUUCUCACUUAUAAUUUUGGCUCAGAAAGAAAGUUAACACUUCGCGAAAACUGCACUUCCAGGAAAACGACCAUUCCUUUUAACGGUUGAUCUAAUUGCGCUUCUUGUUAUCAGAGAUUUUCUUUAACCCAAGUAUAGUUGCCAUUAAUUAGUAGAGUUUCCAUAUUUAUUUUUUACCUAGAAGAAAUAUAAUUUACAGUGUUCUUAAAUGUUGGUGAAAAAUGUAUAUCUGAGUAAUUCAUUCGAAUGACGUCCAGAGACUUUUAAUGAGUCAUUUCGUUGCUGCCGUCCGUCAAUUCAACCAAGACGCAGACAUUAAUUGCUCUCUGAAGUACGUUUUUCAGUUAUUACUCUUGCAAAAUAAGUUCUAGAAAGAGCUAAUCAAAUGACCUCCAAUCAGCGACAGACAUUAAUCAUUAUUUAGCAUUAUAGUCAUCCGAAUUUUUACGUUGAUUUAUAACAAAUUAGUUCAGUUUUGAGUUAAAUAACUAAAUUGUAUUUAUUGUAUUUUCAUCUACCAUAAAUAUUCUCUUCUUACAUUUUUGGGUUCAAAAGCCCUUUUGUAUUGAGUUAUAAUUUUUCAGAGCCGUUAUGAGCUCUAGGAACUCGAGUAGUCCCGUUGACAGUGUCAACUUACCCAUGGACGAAAGGAAUGACGAGAACAGGUCGUUUAUGAAAGAUCUGAAGAAGGAAAACGGUGCCAUUGCCACUGAGCUGCGUUGCUCCGGAGACACAUACAAUGGUGACGUAAUGGUCGACGACAUCCGAAAAGACUCGUCUGCGUCUAAAUCCACGUAUAAAGUACAUAACCGACGUCGGCAUUGUAUCUUAACUGUGCGAAAAAAUAUUGCGAAGUUCUUUGAGUCGCCAAUCUUCAAGCGAAUAUCAGCAGCCGUGCUCCUGAUUUUGUUAGGAGUCUAUCUGACAUUGGCGUUCAGACGGAGUGUGAAAGAGCCAUUAGUUUUGACGAUAAUGGCGGCCAUUUUUAUUGCCUACAAAGUAUUCGAGCAGGUUAAAGAUACAAAAACGUUGCAGUCGCUGAAGAGCAUAUUCCUGGAAUUUGCCAGAGAUGUCAAUCUAAGGCGAAAAUGGAACUUCAUCAAGUGUGUUUUGUUGGGUUUAUCUUGGCUUAUGGUUUGUUGUUUUGUCGCGCAUUCGUGCUACUGCUGUCCGAGAAACUCGGUGUCCUUCAUUGGGCUCGUGUUUCUGCUUCUCUUUUCCUGGCUGAUUUCUCGAAACCCUCUCAAAAUAUCAUUGCGUAUCAUUCUGUGCGGACUGAAUUUGCAGUUUCUAAUGGGAUUGCUGAUUACUCGAACUUCAUUUGGAGCUUCCAUUUUUGAGACGUUGAGUGAGGGAGUUGACUUGAUUCUGAAGUUUUCAGAAGCUGGAAGCCAGUUUAUAUUCGGCGCUCUGGAGACUGGUAACAUCGGCAACGGAACGUCAAUUGGAGUGGUUCCAAACCAGGCAUAUUUCGUAUUUGCAAUCCACGCUUUGCCAGUUAUUGUGGUCUACUGUGCUCUGGCUAAUGUGUUGUACCAUUUUGGUAUCAUGCAAGCGGUUAUUAGAGUCAUAUCUCUAUUUAUGAUAGAGACGAUGGGGACCUCUGCUCCCGAGACGCUCAAUGCUGCUGCGAAUAUUUUCCUAGGCCAAACUGAAGCGCCGUUUCUGAUCAAACCUCUAAUACCCACUUUAACCAGCUCAGAGCUACAUGCGGUAAUGACCGGCGGGUUUGCAACUGUUGCGGGCGCUGUGUUAGCAGUAUACAGUGGCAUGGGUAUCGACUCGUCAAAUUUGAUCGCAGCUUCAGUUAUGAAUGCGCCGGCAGCACUCGUUUUUUCAAAAAUUGUCUACCCUGAAUCAAAAAGCAAAGAAGAAAUAGCGGAAUGUGAGCAAAGAAUGGAAACGGUGAAAUUUAGAAAUGUGUUUGUUGCUGCGGCUAAAGGAGCGAGCGAUUCCGUGAUGUUUGUUCUAAAUGUAACGAUGAACUUGAUCGCUUUUGUCUCACUCUGUGAAAUGGUCAAUUAUAUUGUAGCUUGGAGCGGAGAUUUGAUCGGAAUUGAGGAGCUGAGUUUUGCCAAAUUGUCAUCCUAUGUUUUUUAUCCCUUGGCUUUUAUGAUUGGCGUCGAUUACCAAGAUUGUUUCAAAGUCGCAGAAUUAAUUGGAAUCAAAACAACGGUCAAUGAAAUGGUCGCGUACCAGAAGUUGAGUACUUAUGAAGGUCAGAUCAGCGAAAGGUCAACAACUCUGGCUACUUUUGCUCUAUGCGGUUUCGCAAAUUUCGCUUCCUUGGGAAUCCAAAUAGGAGGAAUCGGUGCUUUGGCGCCAUCGAGGGUCGAGGAACUUUCGGUUUUGGGUCUAAGUGCGCUUUUAUGUGGUAGUUUUGCGUGUUUCUCAAACGCAUGUAUCAUGGGACUCUUAUAUCAGUCUAGCUGAAAUGUUUCUUUUUGUAUUUUUGCUUACGUGAGUUGUGGAAGAUUUUUGAGAUGAUAUUUGGUGAUUGUUGUUUCUUGAUAAAUUGCCAGAUAAUUAUGCUAGAAACAAGUGUUCAUUUGAGCUGCUAGUAGAUUAGAGUAAACCGUUUUGUGCUGUUUGCAAAAUUCUUCUUUUCCCGGAGGCGUGAGGAGUUCUGUUAUAAUAAUCUUGGAAACAUCAGCUGUAAAUAGAAUUUCAGCUGUAAUUAGAUUGAAUCUAUCUGCUGCAGAUCAUCUUGCAAUAUAAAGUGUAGUGAUUUAUGCUCAUCUGUCAUCGCUUUAUUGCAAUUGUAUGCUCUCAAUCUGGUCACACUUCGAGUAGUUUGAUUGUUAUAGUGUCAAAAAUAAAGUGUAAUUUUAUCAUUGUAAAGGAUCUUGCUUACUCCUCCCUACUGCAAGAGGUGUUUCUGUAAAAGAUUCAGAACUCGUAUGUUCCUCAAAGAUGAAUCGGAUCUUAAGGCCUGAGUUGUUGGUACUAGGUUCCGUUAGGGGGCAUUGUAAACAAGAACCAGUGUCUCAUUUAUUUUAAUUUCAUUUUUCGGUGAUUCAUCCUGGUAGAUAACGAUUAAUAACUCUUUGGUGGUCUGUCAUAGUUGCACAGCAACCAGUUACUCCUCUUUUU